UUUCGACUUGGCGAAAGACAGUUCUCGCCACAGUAAAACCAUGUACGACAACGACAGCAGCGACAACGACUGUCACUGUCACUCACUUUUACUUCCAUUGUCCGUGCCCAGUUCCCCUGUUUCUUCGUAAUCCGUUGUCUCAGUGAUUCGGCUGUCACAACCGCACUUCUCUCCGUAUAGUCUGUCUAACUCCGUAUCCAUUGGGCUAUUCAACAACCGUAUCUUCUUAUCUUUCACCUGCAACCUGUGCAACUGUGUGUAUCUGUUCGUAUGUAUGUGUGUGUGUGUGUGUGUGUGUGUUUGUGUGUGUAUUCUAGUGCAACGAUUAGUACAUUUGCCAUCACUGGUAUUGGCACUCUUUCAGCUACUACUGCAACGCUACCGUGACCAUUUAUAUUCAUCUAUUUACUGUUCGAUUACAAGUCAUAUUAUUAGGAUGACUACUAUUGCUCCAACUUCUAUAAAAGCUCUGAUCUCUUGAAAGGACGUCUCCACUCGAACGGAGAGUCAAAGCGAUACGGAACAACGAAGAAAUACGUCCUUUGAAGGACAAGGAGAAAUCGACCACUGAACUGUGCAGGCGGUGUCAAUUCCCAGGAGUGGUAUCGUAGUGUUUAUUUUUGAGAGUGAUUAUAUUUUUGUUGCUAUUAGGGUUUAGUCGGUUCAACGACAACUCUGGCUCCUUUGCUGCUGUUGUGGUGACCUUCGAGAGCUGCCCUCCAGGGUCGUGCACUAAUAAUGCCACGCUGUUACCUACUCAAGAAAAAGGCGGCAGCCCUCCAGCUCAAAGGCCAGAGUCCAGAGGGGGCUGAAUACAUUGUCGAAGAGCCCCCAUCUCCUCCAUCGGCUGAUGAUGCUGACGAAGUGCAACCGGAAGCGCCACACAGCGUCGAGCCGUUAGACUCCAACGAUGAGGAGAUGAUCCAAGUAGACGAUGACAGCCCGAUCGAGUUCCCGCGUGAGCGGUCGAGUUCGCCAUCGACGCGCAGUCCACGGGUCCGAUCGCCGCCGACAACAACGACGGAUGUUGGCGGCCGACGUGGAGCGUCGAGUCCCGCGUCUCGACACGCACCACCGGGAGGAGGCAGCCAUCACCACAACCAUCCACAACAUAACAGCCACCACCAUGGGGUAGUUCCGGCAUUCACACCGCUUCACUAUCCUCGACACUUUACGAUAUUCAACCCGGCAUUCGAUAUUCAUCCGAGUACGUUACAACGAGACCCACCAACACCAUCAGCAUUCAGUUAUCCCGGUGUACUUCAGGACAACAAUUAUAAUCAUGCUAUCGACUUGUCGCGAAGCUCGGCCUUAAACAACCUCUCAGCACUGACCAACCUUAGCGGAUUAAACGGGCUGAACGGCCUGGGAAGCUUUCACGGGAUCGGAACAGGAAGCGGCAAAUUACUAAAUUUGGGUAGCGGUGGAGGCAGCGGCAGCGGAGGAAUACAACAUAGUCACUUGCACACGACACUCACGAGCUUGAAUAGUAUCAGUAGCGGCAGCAAUAAUAAUCAUCAUCACCAUCAUCAACAACAUCAGCAUCAUAAUAAUAAUAACAAUACGAUAAAUAGUAGUUCAACAACCGGUGUCAAUAGUAACAAUAUUGCCCUUAACACUAACAACAACAACAACAACAACAACAACAAUCACCAUCACAAUAACAACAACGUUAGAAGUAAUAACGGCCUACUCAGCCAUGGCCAUAGCCACGCCCAUCAUGGUGGCAGAAGCAAUAAGCUGUCAGUAAACAACAACAGUCUUAUCGGUGAGGACGAUAAUCUCGUUGGCGAGGACGCUUCCGUCGAUCAGGACGAUCAGAAGGAAGAGAAGAAGCCUAAGUUGCCGGCCAUGUACAAGCCUUCGGUGACUGUGAGUUAUACGUAUGAUGCCUUCUUCAUCUCGGACGGACGCUCGAGAAGGAAAAGUGAAAAACUCAAGUCGUGUAGCACGGAAGCGAUCCUCGGCGCAGCGACACCCCAACAAAAGGAGCCUAGUAAGCAGCGAUACACGUGUUCGGAGUGUGGGAAGCACUAUGCCACGUCGUCGAACCUUUCGCGACACAAACAAACUCAUCGAAGUCCUGAUUCACAACUGGCAAAAAAGUGUCCCACCUGCGACCGUGUCUACGUGUCAAUGCCCGCGUUGGCUAUGCACGUUCUUACGCAUAACCUUCAGCACAGAUGCGAGAUCUGCGGGAAGGCCUUCUCGCGGCCCUGGUUACUCCAGGGUCACAUGCGCUCACACACUGGCGAGAAGCCGUUCGGCUGCGCGCACUGUGGGAAGGCCUUUGCCGACCGCUCGAACCUGCGCGCCCACAUGCAGACACAUUCGGGCUUCAAACACUUUCAGUGUCCGCGAUGCAACAAGACGUUUGCCCUGAAAAGUUACCUAAAUAAGCACUACGAGUCUUCCUGCUUUAAGGACUCGAGUUCGAGCCCCUCGGUGCCACAUUCGCCCCACUCACCGGUUUCAUCGCCGCUGUCCGUGUCCAGUUUAAUUUCGCCCCCGCCAACACCCCUGCCCCUAAUGCUACCACCGCACCCACUAAUUCCACACUUUCCGCAGCCGAGGGCGGCCGAAUAGAGGUCUUCAAAUCAAGAUGAUGAUGAUGAUCAGACACGACGGAACGAGUCAGAAAAUUAAUUGUAAUACUAACUACAGCGGACGGUGCUAAAACACCAACUUCAAGUUUACAAUAGCACGAACUACCGAACAUUUUUCAACGGAUAUGUAAUAUGUCCUCUCUCUCAAAAUCUUAUACCGCUUCCAUUUACAAACUACUGCUGCGAUCCUGUAGAUAAGAAGAACUCUGUAGAUAAAUGAAAAAGAAAGUGGAAACGGCAUCAAAUCUUCAAACUGCUAUAAAACAUUACCCAUUAAUGUCCUAUUUUUGCUGCAGACAUUGAAGUCACUCACAAGUAACAGAACAAAGCGAAGGCAUUCGGCACGAAAAACUCUACUGCUCAUACGGACAGGCAAUAUAGACGUUCAUACAGAUUGCAGGUGCGCACGCUGAUGUAACCUUUCACAGAGGGAUACGUAAUAAAUACAAGGAAAAAUUUAGCCACCCCUUCAAUCUUCUCAAUAGGUGAAAAGAACAGUAAGUCGAUGUUAAGCGACGGAUGUACGAUUCAGCGCGGAGACAAUAAUCGCUGCGAUCCCGGCUGUGAUCUCGUCAACGACGUCAGCCAACGACGGGAACGGACUACGAAAACCCCUCGAUCUUCUGAUCUCUACGUGUGUACACUCUGUAGAUGUCCCCAUGCAGCGAAGAGACAAAAUCGCGACGUGCAUGAUUACGGUAUGAUGACCUACGAGCUCGAUUUUGGCCAUAGUGCGAUUCUUACGACAGAUUAUUUUGCAAUGACAACAGGACACGGCCGGUCGGGUCUAAGAUAAAAUUCCCCUUAGCACUAUCUUAUGAUAAAGAAAUACAUAGAAUGGAUCUUAUAUUGGAAGCUUACAUUACGUGUACAUACUACCGUAGGCUAGCAUGUCUGAAGGCGGGAUACUGGAGAAGUUUAUGACAACGAGAUUUAUUAAUGUGAUUUCUCGUGCGGCUUACCGUAGCCGUGACGGACACGAGAGACUAACGUGGCUUUACGGCUCUGUUGCAAGAAGGCCACAAUGAUUCGUUGGCCUACGACGAAAAUUGCGGAAGUACUAAUGCGAUUAUUCGUGAUUGAUGUUAUCCUAUGGCAUAUGUAAUAGUCACAUAAAUUCAAGUUGCCAGGAUCAUACAACAACUCCAUACAUUUCAGUCAUUUUACUGUAUUAUAAAUGAGCAUUAUAGAAUAGAGAAAAAACCGGUCAUAACAGGCCGCACGCAAUCACUUGAUCUAUGCAAGAAAAUAUGCAACAAGGACUAGGGCACGCUCACCUUCUCUAUCGAAAGUAAGUGUUCUAUAUUCCUGCCGUCCACAAGUUUUUUCAAAUUAAGAACAGAGCUAUAGCCGAUGCGAUCAUAACUAGCCUUACGCCAUUACGAUAUAAUAAUUAUUGCCAUGCAGCGAUAGCAAAACAGUUACAAGCACUAGUCACUUUCUCUACACCACAAACCUAUAUAUAGCAAAUAUAUAUAUAUAUAUAUAUACAUGAAAAUAUAUUCUAUACAUACAUUGAACGAGUUUAGACAAUAGUUGAGUGUUAAAGGUGGUUGCUCGUUUUAGGAAACAGGUGCUCCAUUUCAGAGAAGCUACUUUUCUAGAAAAAAAAACAAUCUAAAAAUCAGUUCAUCCGCCGCCGAUGCCAAUGCCCCAGCAUUUUCUAGAAAAAAAAAAUCAAUAAUCCUCCCAAUUUUCUACUAAGUACACACACACCCACGCAAACAUGCACACUAUACAUAUGAUAAGUUCAUUCUCCAGUGAGGAAGAAAGAUCACCAUCGUCAUCAUCUCUGCUCGUUUCACUAUCUACUAGGUAAAAAGCUACGCUAAAAAAUCAUUUUCACAUGGUUUCUCCAGGCUUUGAAUGUUUUUCAUAAACAGGACAGUUAUAUAUAUAUAUAUAUAUAUAUAUAUAUAUAUAUAUAUAUAUAUAUAUAUAUAUAUAACGCUCAUUUACCCAUGGUGCACAUGCCGACAAUUCUUGAGCCAACGUCUACGCGGCUGUCCUGAACGUAUUUAGAAAAUAGUUUGUACCUAAAAUUUACAAAGGACGCUACAAGAUGAAAAGGCUACAAGCGAAAGCAGCAUGAUACUAUGCAUACAAUGUGAUAAUAAUAAUAAGCAAUACAUAAUAACAUUUUGCAUACAUUCGAGAUACAGAUAGAUAAACAUGAGAAACAUGCUUCCCUUAAAUCGUUCUUGUCAUGUAUCGCCAUUACCCAUUUUUUUUUUUAUCUACACACACAGAGACGUAAAUACUCAAUCAUACAGAACUAUCUAUGUACACUUCCUCAACAACGCCCUAGAAAUUUUUAUUCAUUCUAAUAUAAAAGUUCCAAAAAAGCCUCAGGAUAAUCAAACGCUGGGUUCGGCGGUCGUUUUUUACUUGGCUCACUUACACUCUUCUCUUUCUAUCCUCAUUCAUUCCGUAGCCCGUUCACCACAACAACAACAACAACAACAACAACAACAACAACGAUCUGCGCCAAAGUAUUCUAGCAGUCAUAGGCAGAGGUAACCCGAGAAACAACGCACGAAGUACGAUAAAAAUAAGACGGCAAGAACACAUUACAGUCAUCACUGCCGCUAUCGCAAC